AAUGUGAGAACACCGGUUGCCGCUUAACAACUUAGAAUGGACUCCAAAGAAAAUAAAACUUUUUGUAAAGAAACGGAAGAUCUUUUACGUGAGUGGGAUAUGGAGGAAUUAAUUCCUGUUUUCGCAGAAAAGCAGGUGGACCUGGAAGUUUUAAGAAAUCUUACUGCGGAUGACAUAAAUUUAUUAAUAGAAUGUUUCGGUUUACGAAUUCGAUUUCGGACCAAAUUAAAUGAAUGGCGGAAAUACAAUGAUUUACUUCCAUCAGUAAGGAAUAUAAGCGGUAAUGAUACACAACUAGUCAGAAGAGAUUUGGAGGUUAUACAUACCUCAGAAACAUAUGGAAGAAAUUUUGCAGAGAAAUUUGACGCAAUGAACGAAAUUAUGGGUAGUCAUCAAGUUUCGUAUACUCAAAAUAACAACACAACUUGGUCACAUAAUACAUUCAAUUUAGAUCUCCCAAUUUCAAAUUUUUUCAAAGGAAACGGAACAAGGAAAUUAACCGGUGCUCAGAUGAAGCCAAUGAUUCAAUAUCCACGCAAAUAUAAUAAUUAAAUUACAAACAAGUUUCUUUAUACCUUGUUCUUUUUCUUCAUAUAUAUGUAAUGUCAUAUACACAUGCUAUAUACU